AGGAGAGAGGAAGAGAGAGGGAGGGGAAGCAAAAGAGUGAGAGAGGCAGAGAGAAGAAAAGACACAAAAAUUGUGACUUGACAAAAGAGGGCAGGUACCAGAGGCAGGACGAUGAAGGCCGGCGCGGGACUGUUCUCUGUAUUGGCUCUGUUCCUCCUGAUAGGGGCGGUGUUCACCCAGAGACCUCGGCAAAAGAAGCCCACCAGGCGCCCAGCCACCAUCAGGAAGCCUUCUGUCCCCAAGCCUGCUGUACCGGCACAGCCAGAGCCCGCGGAGCCUACGGACUUCCCCCCUCCCAUCCUUGGCCCACCCUCCAUCUAUCCCGACUGCCCCCGAGAGUGCGUGUGCUCCCCGAGCUACCCCAAUGCUCUCAACUGUGAGAACCGCAACAUCCGUACAAUCCCUGUCAUCCCAUUUAGGACCCACUACUUGUACCUGCAGAACAACUACAUCUCAGAAGUGACAGCAGAGCCGUUUCUCAACGCCACUGAGGUCCGUUGGAUCAACUUUGCGAACAACCGCAUUCAUCGAAUAGACAAACAGGUGUUUGAGAAGAUCCCGGCACUGCUGUACCUCUAUGCCCAGCGUAACAAUCUGAAAGAGGUCCCCGCCGGUCUCCCAGCAGGCCUCGAACAGCUUCGCCUCGGAAGGAAUCGUAUUUCUAAGAUCCCUGCAGGUGCCUUUAGCAAGAUGGGGAACCUAACGCUCCUUGACCUCUACCACAACCAGAUUAGUGACAGUGACCUGGGAAAGAACACAUUUAAGGAUCUGAAGAGCCUCAUGCAGCUUAAUCUGGCCCAUAACGUCCUGAAGAAGAUGCCUGUUGGUGUACCUAGUAGCCUCAUACAGCUUUUCCUGGACAGGAACCGUAUAGAUGACAUCCCAAAAGACUACUUUGAAGGUUUCAACCACCUGGCGUUUGUGAGGCUGAACCACAACCAGCUGAGCGAUAAGGGUCUUCCCAAGCUUGUGUUCAAUAUAUCCACCCUGCUGGACCUGCAACUGUCUCACAACCAGAUCGCCUCUGUUCCUCUCUUCAGUGGUCACCUGGAGCACCUGCACCUCAACCAUAACACCAUCGAAAGCAUCAAUGGCACAUCUAUCUGCCCAUACAGCCUGCAGGCCGAUCCGGAUGAUCUCAGCCAGGUGCCCAGACUAAGGUACCUGCGCUUGGAUGGAAAUCACCUCAGCCCCCCCAUCCCUCUGGAUGUCAUCAUGUGCUUCAGACACCUCCAUUCUAUUGUCAUUUAGGAGACCAGUGCCUAACGGCCUGGGGUUAUGCACGCAUGCACACGAACCGCACACAUACAGAAUACACACACAAAUACGCACAGAGUCACCGUGUGCAUACGGAAUUAAAGACAAAGCAUGCUCAGUGAAAAAGAUAUACCCAACUGUGGAUUUGCGUUAUUGAAAGCGGGAAAAACACAUGAAAAACUGUAAAGCUUUGGUAGUUCAGCUUUCAUUCUUGCCAGAUUCAAAAGAAUUUGAGCUAUAAAUCUACAAAGAGUGGAUAUACCAACAUUUAGGGUCAGGUUUUUGUUACAUUUUAUCAGUUUUUGUUUAUAGAAAUACAAUGCAAAAAAACCUAGAAUGAGUAAAGCCUGAAAAUGCAGGUACAUUGACAGACAUGCUACAAACGUAGAAGGUAGUUAUGUUUCUUAGCAGAAAGCUGCCACCAGCAACAACAAACAGAGCUGCAGUGGAUCGCACAAAAAACAGUUUAAAACAUAACUACCAUGUAGUUGAUACUGUCCUAAAUGUGCCUGUGGUUUUCAAGGUACUCCAUGUAAAAAUGUCAUUUUAUCCUUUCUUUUCUUACUCUUCUGUAUAUUAUUCUUCUGUAUAAAGAAGCUUUGUAUAAAUAAUGGAAAAUAAAACCUUUUUCUUUGAUCAUUUGA